CCCGGGGCGGGGCGGGGGCCGCGCGGAUCCCGUCCCCCCGUCUCCCCGUCUCGCCGCGCCGGACGCCGGGGCCGCCCGAGCCUCCGAGUGCAGCGGUGGGGCCGGCCGGUGCCAAGAUAGGAACCCGCGCCGGGGAGAAGAUGGGGGACAACGCUAGGACAAAGCUGGGGUGGAGGAGGCGGUGAAACAGCGGCCGGUGGGGGGGAGUGCAGGUGAACGGAGGAAGAGGAGGUGGUGAGGAGAGGUGGUGAAGGCAGCAGCCUGCCCUCAGCAGGGCCCCCCCCGCCAGGCUUCGCUAUGGCUACAAAUUUUAAUGACAUCAUCAAGCAAGGCUAUGUGAGGAUGAAGAGCAGAAAGCUGGGGAUCUACCGGCGGUGCUGGCUGGUCUUCCGGAAAUCCUCCAGCAAAGGGCCCCAGCGCCUGGAGAAGUACCCAGAUGAGAAGUCAGCAUGUUUGCGUGGGUGCCCCAAGGUCACUGAGAUCAGCAAUGUCAAGUGCAUCACCCGUCUGCCCAAGGAGACCAAGAGGCAGGCGGUGGCCAUUGUCUUCACUGAUGACUCGGCCCGGACUUUCACCUGUGAUUCGGAACUGGAGGCUGAGGAGUGGUACAAGGUGCUGUCAGUGGAGUGCCUGGGCACCCACCUGAACGACAUCAGUCUGGGGGAGCCUGACCUGCUGGCGCCCGGCGUGCAGUGCGAGCAGACGGACCGGUUCAACGUGUUCCUCCUCCCCUGCCCCAACCUGGAUGUUUAUGGCGAAUGCAAGCUGCAGAUUACCCACGAAAACAUCUACCUCUGGGACAUGCACAACCCACGGGUGAAGCUGGUGUCCUGGCCCCUCUGCUCCCUGCGCCGCUAUGGCCGUGAUGCCACACGCUUCACCUUCGAGGCAGGACGGAUGUGUGAUGCAGGCGAGGGCCUCUACACCUUCCAGACGCAAGAGGGCGAGCAGAUCUACCAGCGUGUGCACAGCGCCACGUUGGCCAUCGCUGAGCAGCACAAGAGGGUCUUGCUGGAGAUGGAGAAGAAUGUCAGGCUGCUGAACAAGGGCAGUGAGCACUUCUCCUACCCCUGCACCCCCACCACCAUGCUGCCCCGCAGCGCCUACUGGCACCACAUCACUGGCUCACAGAACAUGGCUGACUCCUCCAGCUACACUGACCACGCUGUGCUUCGUCCCUAGGGGAGGCGUAUGCAGGCGCCCAGACCAGCUCGGACACCAACCUCCUCAACAGGUUCAUCUUGCUGAAGCCAAAGCCCUCCAACAGCGACAAGACGGAGAGCAGGGAGUCCAAAUCAUCCCCGUGACCCAGUGGUGUGGGGACCGUGGCUGCAGCAGGACGUGUGGGGGCUCCACUGGUUCCCAUCCCGGUGCCCUGUAACCACUUUUUCUUUCUGGGGGUGUCCAGGACCUGGGAAGCUGCCCGCUACUCAGAGAGGUGCCCAGCCCCUUGGCAUGGAGAGACUGAGGCCAGGCAUCCUCUGGGCUGAGCCCCUUGGGGUGCUGGCAGCAGGGCCUCUCACCUCAGCCUGAAGUUACAGAAGGUGACAGCUAGCUCCAUGUUAAGUGACUUUAAAUAUGUAUUGCAUAUCUGUAUUGUACAGUAAGAGAUUUUCCCUUCUCACACAAAUGCAAACUUCAUACCUGCUGAAGAGACCUCAAGGACAAGCUGAGAUUUUUGACUCUCGGGGACACAGCUGAGAGGUGAAAAAGAGGUAUGGGGGUGUGUGAAAAAAUGCAGCCAAUUUUCUGUGGGUUGGAAGGCUGGAGAGUGGCCUGCCAUGGGGAAGGAGGCAGCUGCACCAGCCUGAUGUGCUCUGGCCGUGCCCUACGGGGCUGCUGCAUGAGGCAGCACUGGGCUGAUUUUGCACUUCUCAAAGAGAUUUGAACACUCUGUAGAAUUGAGAUGUCUCAGGAGAAACUGAUUUUCCUUCCAAACCGAGGCCUCAUGCACACAGAGAGGGCAGCGCAUGCUGGGACAGGGGCUGCUGGGGUGAGCUGAGCCCUGGCCCCGGGGAUCCCCCCUCCCCAUGCGUAUGUCCCCACCAAUGCCUCCAUUUACCUGUGCAGAACUGGCAACCUAGGGGCCAUUUUUGGACAGUAGCCGCUGUACCUUGAGGGUAAGCUUUGUGGGGAAAAAAAGAAAUCCCUGGGCAGAGGAACCGCCUCAGGCCCUUCCAGGGGACACGGGUGGGGAACAGCCGCGUUUCUCAGCUGCACUCCCUUCUCGUUUCAUUUGUCCUUGCUCCUUCUAUGCUGCUGCUACUAGUGGGCACCAGUGAGAAUGGGUCAAAGACCUUGCACACAAGAACUGGGCUUAAUGUAUUGAACUCAAAAGCAAUUGAUUUUCUAGUUCUCCUAUUUAUUGAACUCCUUUAGAAGGGCUAUCUUUUUAUUGCAGUAGAAACCUUGGUGUUUCCUUCCAGUCUUUUGGUCUGGUUCGGUUGGUUGGUGGUUUUAUUUCCUUUCUGAAAGCUCUAGGUCUGUGCUUUGGGGGCAGGGAGCAUUGUGAUGUGGGAAUCUGUGGUCUGUGGCCUGUAAAUACGGUGUGUUGGGUCUGUGUAGCUUGUAGAUGAGGCUGGGGAGCUGCUGGCACAUCCGUGGGCCAGAGCAGGGCUGCUCCCUGUGCUUGGCAGAGUGCCUGGGUACCCCAGCCCAGCAGUGUGUCCUCCAUUGGGUGAGAGGUAUAACCUGCUGCCUUUUCCUGGCUACAGACCUCAUCCAGAAAAGAUUUAACAUUUAUUACCAAAAAUGUUUGAUUAGUCUUUUUUCUCUUUUUUUUAAGGAAUUGCUCAAUGAAUAAACAACCCUUAUCCA